AUGAGCGAAGCACGAUUCGUGCAAGAUCGACAGAUCGUGUUGCAACGAAGCCAAAUCAAAGCGCGCCAGCAUGCAGCAUCUGUGAAGGCGAGCAACCGAACAUGGAGCUUGUACGGGCAUUGUCGGGCUCAUCGUUUCGGCUGCGCUGUAGCUGUGCUGAAAGCCGACGUGGGUGGUGCCGAGGUUUUGGCUGCCUUUGUGGAAUGCUUGGAGAAUAAGAGCUUCAAGACCUCGGACGUUGUUCGUCGCACGGUUCUAGCGCGGCUUUGGCAUUUCGUCGCACUGCGAGUAUCGAAUCCUCUGCUUGCAAAUCACGAGCAUCGUGUGUUGCUUGGAUUCCCAGGUUGUACCGUUUGCGUUUGGGUUGACGAGCUGUGCGCGCCAGUCGGUUCGUGUCCUGGCACAGCACGUCAAGCACAUUCACCGACGAGCACAAGCUGUUGCAGACGUCUUUCGCCACGGUCGACGCUGAAUAGAUCUGGUCGUUUCUCCAUAGCAGCCAGCAUGGCAGUUGCAACUUUGUCCACAUUCGCGUUUGACGUGCUUGCUUGUAUCGGCAGCAUGUGCGCAGCCACCGACGCGAGCGUGACGAGAGUACGAGCAUAA